AUGGCUCCUGAAGAGAGCUCUAGGAGCUCACCUUUCAGUGAUGUCCCUGAGGAGGAUAUUCCUGAGAUCGCUGAGAAUCCAAAAGAGGAGCAGCAACCAGCUGGUGAUGAGGCUACAACAGACAUGGUGAAGGUGAUCAGAGGUGACAAAUUCACAUCCGCCACUAUCAGAGGGAUAAAGUGGCUGCUAUGGUGGUCGGAUGCAGGAUUUGGGGCUUUUAUCUCCUUUCCUUUCAUCCAAAUGGGUCAUUCAUACACCCAUAUGCAAGCCGAGAGGUGGUUCCCCAACCCCAGCAAUCUUCACUUGCCAGUGGGGGAGUUUGUCCCGAACUUGUAUAACUGGUUAGCUAUCCUUGGGAUUAGUUUGGGAGUUGGCUUGGAGGGACAACGAACUUUCACUUUGAGGCAUCUGUUGCAGAUUCUACGACUAGGUGGCCAUGUUGUGAGGACUGACGAGAAGAUAUUGAUAACGAGCGCUGUCUGCAAGAGUCUGGAUGUGCUACGAGCUCUGAUUGUUGGUUCUGUUGGACAUGCAUGA